AACAGUGUAAAAAACUUGGGUAUGAGAAUGAUAACAAGAUUAAUGGUUGGGAUCUGCGAUAUUAUAUGACAAAAAUCGAGGAAACCAAAUAUGCUGUUGAUCAAAACAAACUAAAAGAAUACUUUCCCUUGUCCGUUGUAACAGAAGGUAAUUGUGUAUAUUGGUUUAAACUAGCCUGAAUCUCUGACAACAGCCACUCAAUAUCGUUGAGAUGACGGAUAUCGAGUGACCAUCUGAAAUUCAGGCUAGGUUUAACCAUAGUCAAUAGAAUAAAAAAGAUUAGUUAACUUGAUGGAGAUACAAUAGGUUCCGUUUAUCUAUAUGUUUUUUAUCUUGGUUUAUCAACCAAGGGUCGGUUUAUCGUCACGUGUGUAUUGUAUUUUCACCCAACCAACCAACAGCGAUGUUUUGGUUUAAUUACGCAUUCGUGCUAUAACACAGUGGUUGAAUAAAAUAUUGCUAUUGGUUGAUUUGUCGAAAACAACAAUGCACAAGUUGACAAUAAAGUGACCGUAUUUUUGCAUAAACGUUUGUAUCGAAUAUCCUAACCUUGUUUAUUCUUACUAUUGAUUUUGCUUUUCCGAAGAAUUGCGCUAGAAUUUACGGCUGUGCACAGGCUACAGUCUCUCCAUGAAAUGUUAUAUUGAAUAAAAUCAUCUAUAAUCUUGGACUUGAGAUUUUUCUUUCGUGUAUGCGCGGUUAUGAACGUAACUCUUUCCUGGAGGAUUGACAACAACAUAGAUUUGUGUCGAGGAGCCAAGAAAUUGACACCUUUCUUAACUAAUUUGUCGAAGAAUGUAGGCUAGAGAGUAGGCUUAGCAUGCAUACUUCAUAUGUGGCCAAAACGGAAGAAAAUUAGUUCGAGGAGCGAUUAUAGUAGAUUAUAUAUACUGAAAAUUUUUCCUGAUAUGGACAGUACAACGUUCGCUUAUAUACGUACAAAAAUGAGGCAAUUUGUAAAACAAUUUGUUUUAAUUUUUAGGCCUACUCGACAUUUAUCAGGUAUGGGGAAAAUUAUUAAUAGUGAGCUUAAGCAAGCGACGUUUUUGUCAACAUGGACGUCGCCAGAAAAUUGAUCUAACUAAUUUUGGUUGCAUUUUGCAUCGUAGCGCUCGUGUAAGGAAGCAAAAAACUUUAAAAAUCUUAUGUUUUGUCAUAUGUGUUGAAGAUUACCACAAACUGAUACAAACACAGUUUUUAAUCCAGUUCCACCUCGGCAAUCUGACGUCCGUGUUGACAAAACAUCACCCAGGCUCUUUCUUAUCUCCGUACAAGGAGCAACCUCGUACCCAGGGCUUCUGCGCUUAUUGUUCGUCAGAAGCAAUACGGACCCCGGGAACGAGGUUGCCCAUUCAGUUGCUUGCAUAAUUUUUAUGUAUGUGAGUCGAAUGUGUGACUUGUCGAAGUUCGCUAGCUAAAAGGGGAGAUAUCUGACAAAAGGAGUUCGUAAUAGACCUUACUGUUUAUUCACUUUUGACCCAAUGGCCUCGUUUUCGUGUUUGCCAGUUUUGGCAUGACAGGCGCACAUGAAGGUUAUAUCCCCAUGUUUCCUUCACGAUUUGGUUCCUGGUUGAUCUUAAGCCCGAUAACAAAUAAGUUCUUAACCCUAUUGUGCACGAAACACAAGUAAAUACCUGACAUGAAAACGAGGCCAUUGGGUCAAACGUCAAUAAACCGUAAGGUCUAUUGAGUAUUGUUUAAAUAAUUCAUGCAAUCUUAUCUAUUGAACCUUAAAUUUUUUUAUUUUAUAUUUUAUAUAUUUAUUUACAAUCUUUGUAAAAUGACAGGUGAUCCCACAGGGUUAUUUCUCCAUUCACAAGCUCCCUUGAAAUACACAUGCAUCCAGACAUGCAUCUACAUUAUCUACAACACAUUUUAUCACCAAGACUGCAUGGACAAGAAACAACACGAGUGACUUUUAACACAGACAGUUUUAAACGUUUGUGGGACAUUAAUGUUUUACAUAAGUUCACUUAUGGCAUGACAGUAAUUCAGUGAUUAGGUAUAUUUUAAGUUGACCAGUGACAACAUCAGCUUCGCAGAUAUGUGGUGGUGAGCAAUUAAAAAAUCUAUAGGAGUUUGUUGUAAAAGCUAUUUUGAAAGGUUAAAUGUUGGACUACGCCCUAGUGAGACGAUUACUUGUUUUACACUAGUGCUGGAAUCACUUGACUUCAUUGCCUUGAAAUACUGAAUUAAAUAUUUUAUUAAAUUAUUAAUAAAAUAUAUUUAUUUGCGUUAUACGUACGUAUUUCUUUAGGAACUUUUAAAGCUUAAAUUUGAAGAAAUUGUCAACCCUCCUGUUUGGUGUGAUGAAGUCCGUAUGGUAAAUUUGUAACGUUUUUUCUUUUUUAUUUGCUUGCAUGACAGUUUUCUAAUUGUGUCAUAUAGAUUGUCGUUUUGUGUGUUACUAAUAAUUUCCCCUUCCGGUAAAUACGUCGCUUUGGCGCACAAAGGCCUUUAAAGUUUCUUCAUAAAAGAUUGCUUAAUUUAGAAUACAAAUCCUAGCUGCGUAGUAUGCAAUAAAGUGUAUUAUAAUAUAGCAUUUGUAAAUUCUGAACGCUGAUUGGCUAAGAGCCGUGUUGAUACAACUCAAAUGUCAACACGGAAAUUUCUUUCUUUAUGUUUCUUUGUGCUAUAUUAUAAAAAAAAUAAAACAUUUUUUCCGUAUUGAUAUACAGUUACAUCAACACUCAUGGAAAUUGGGAAAACACAAUUUCUCGUUUUCCCAAUUCCCACUCGUGUUGAUAUAACUGCAUGUAUAUCAAAACGGAAAAUGUUUUAUAUUUGUUAAAUAUGUUUUAAAACACCGCUUCCCCCCGCUUUCAAUUAUGACAUCAUAGUUUUCCCCUGAUAACUGGUGUAAAGUUCUGUUAGAUUUUCUAUUGUAUUUAUAUUAUUUCGUAAUUAUUUCUAACGAAUUAAUUUAAAAGAUAAAUGGUGUAACUGAAGAAUUCCCCAUAAAGCGAAAGUCUGAAUGACGGAAACAAGGCCCUAUAUAGCGAAGGCGAUGCACUUAGCUAUUAUGUGAGCUCAUAUUAUCUGACAUCAAUUUCUUUCUCUUGUUAUAUAGUUUAGCGUUAAAGAUGCUGCGUCUGAGAAACUAAUGGGAUAUUUUUACCUCGAUUUGUUUCCAAGAGAAGGAAAAUUUGGUCAUGCAGCCUGUUUUCCCAUACAGGUUUGUUGCUUUGUCUUUGUAUUCUUAGAUGAGCUGGAAAAAUGAAUGCUCUGGAGUGAAGAAAGUUUUUUUCUUCUCUAGGCUGGUUGUCAGUUGGCUGAUGGUUCCAGACAGGUGAGAAAUAAUUAUUGCAUGUGAUUAUACUGUAAGGAUUAAUUAGGGAAGAGUCCUCACUUGUUAUAAUAGUCCAGUGAGUACCACGUGAAAACCUACAGUGUAUUUGGUGGAAUCAAACUGAAGUACUUUUCCCGUGCAAAGACAUGUUACAAUUUUCCAGUUAAUCACAGUGGUAAAGGGCGCAUGCAUUAACUACUGUAUAACGAUUACUUUCCAUGGCUUCUUUUUAAUUUAGCUCGCAGUUGCAGCCAUGGUAGCAAAUUUUACGAAACCAACCGGGGACCGACCAUCAUUAUUAAUGCAUACUGAAGU